CACCGGAAAUGCGGCUGGCGACGCACACCGUGCGCCGGAAGUUCAAGCAGCGGGGCUGAGCUCCGCUAUGGCGGCUGCCUCAGCUCGCAGUAACCAUGUGUGGGUCGGUACUGAGACCGGGAUCCUGAAAGGAGUGGACCUCCAGCGGAAGUUGGCGGCGAACUUCACGACAACAGGUCAGCCGCAGCGCGAGGCGGCGGUGAACGCUCUGUGCUGGGGCGCGAGCGACGAGACCCAGAUCCUGGUGGGCUGCGCGGACCGGACGGUGAGGCGUUUCAGCACCAAGGAUGGCGCGUUCCAGGGCCAGAGGCGCUGCCCCGGCGGGGAGGGCACAUUCCGGGGACUCGCCCAGGCCGACAGCACAUUCAUCACAUGUGUGGAUUCUGGGGUCCUCAGAGUCUGGCGCAGCGAUGACAAGGAGGCACCCUCAGACCCAGUGAGGUUCCCUUUCUCUUCAGGUGGGGAGCGCUUUGGAAAAGGGAAGUCAAAGACUCUGAAACUGACUCAUCUCUGGUUUUUUCAGCUCCUGGAACUGAAGGUGGGUCCUGGGGUAUGCAGGAUGCGCCAAAACCCAGCACAGCCCCAUGUGGUUGCCACUGGGGGAAAGGAGAAUGCCCUGAAGGUGUGGGACCUGCAGGGGUCAGAGGAGCCCAUGUUCAAAGCCAAGAAUGUGCGGCAUGAUUGGCUAGACCUGCGGGUCCCAGUCUGGGACCAGGACAUACAGUUCCUGCCUGGGUCUCAGAAGCUUGUCACGUGCACAGGGUACCACCAGGUCCGUGUCUAUGAUCCAGCCUCCCCUCAGCGCCGGCCAGUCCUAGAGACCACCUUUGGAGAGUAUCCACUGACAGCUAUGACCCUCACUCCAGGGGGCAACUCAGUCAUUGUAGGAAACACUCAUGGGCAGCUGGCAGAAAUUGACUUUCGGAAAGGGCGCCUACUGGGCUGUCUGAAGGGGCUGGCGGGCAGUGUCCGAGAGCUGCAGUGUCACCCUUCAAAGCCGAUGCUGGCCUCUUGUGGCUUGGACAGGAUCUUGAGGAUACACAGAAUCCAAAACCCUCGAGGCUUGGAGCAUAAGAUUUAUCUUAAAUCUCGACUGAACUGCCUCCUCCUGUCAGGCAGGGAGAACUGGAGGGAUGAGCUGGAAUUGCCGCAGGAGCGCAGCGAGGAGCCCCCCCAAGAUUCAGAGGUGGAUGAGCUCUGGGCAUCCUUGGAGGUAGCUGCCAAGCGGAAGCUCCCACGCGUGGACCAGACCCUGAGGGCCCUGGGGACCCAAGAGAGGAAGAAAAAGUGUCCCGGAGCCUUGAGCCCCCAGCCCUGUGAAUAAAAACCUCCCCACUCGCUGUGUCUUAAUCCUUGUGGAGGGGGCGCACACGUCAUAGAGGCUGCGUUGUGCCCGGCGAGGGCCACAAGCGU